GGCCCAUAACUGGGACACUCAACAAACGUCUUCUCACUUGUUUACCAAAGUUACUAAGUGAUCCGUGUGUGUGUGCUUGAAUAUGCAAUUAUCAUUGUCAGCGUCCGGAAUGGGGCAGAGCAUGCUGCUGGCGCUGCUACUGCUGCUAGUCGGCUUGGCGGCAGCGGUGCCAGCAUCUGUGCUGGCCCAGAACACAGAGCUAUCCACCAAUGCGAACAACAAGCUGCAACAGCAGCAACAACAGCAACAGGAGCGGGAGCGGGAACUGCCGGCAGUGAAACACGCUGAGGAUGGGGCAACAUCGAGUGGCAUGGUGCCACAGGCGGAUAAAAAGUCAAGUCCGGAAAUUGUGCCCGCGACCUUUAGCAAUGCUCCGGCCCGGAAUGGACCCAACGAACAGCAGCAGCAGCAGCAGCCACAGGCUGGCCUCUAUGCGCUGCCCAGCAACGAUGAGAUCCUGGCCGCUGUCGCAGCCGCCGCCCAGGGCGGCCAGCAGCAGGCGCAGAAUGAGCCCACGGUUUUGGAGGAGGCCGUUGCCAGCUCGACAAUGCGCAAGCGUGGCAUUAACUAUGAGUACAAUCCGUAUAUGAGCGUGGCUGGCAACGAUUAUGGCAGUGAGGUGCCCAAUGGCGUUUGGGCCGAGGACUAUGAGCCUGCCGCGCCCAUCGGCUACAACAGCUACAAUAAGUAUAACAAUGAACGCGAGCUGCAGGAACUGGACGAUUAUGUGCCGGAGCGACAUGUAAACACGCCCACUGGCCGCAAUAAGGCCUACGAUAAUCUACAGAAUCUGCUCAAUGCCGAGGCCUAUUUGGAGAGCAUUCCCCUGUCUGUGCCACUUACCUAUGCCAAUCGCAACUAUAAUCUGGAUGAGCGUAAUAAGCGUGGCAUCUACUAUAACUUGGCCGGCGCAAAUGCUCCCAGCGAGAAUCUCAAUUUGAACAAAUACCGUCGCUAUGGAGAUAUGCGCCUGAAGCGUGACACUACCAAACUGACACCAGCUGACAUGUUAGCCCUCGUUGCCCUGGUCGAAGCCGGUGAGCGAGCCCGCAAGGAGACCGAUGUCGACAGCGGAGUUUCGGUGCCCUUGAUCGAUGCCGAGGAAAUGGAUUAUGUGCCCGCUGGCAGCUGGUUGGAUGCACCCGUACAGCAACAACAGGCGCCCCAACUGGUCGACUAUUAUGGCGUACCCGUCGAGGCGCAGGUGGUGCCCAAGUAUGAGUAUGUGCCACGCCCACAGAAAUACAUGGGCAGCAAUAGUCGUCUUGGUUCCUCGAAGCGUUUCAUGGUGGCCAAGAAGAAGCGUUCCAUUGGCCAGAAUCAGUUCUUGAACGAACCGGUGGGCGAACGUGGACCCAGCUACUAUGGCGAGAAGUUUUACUAAAAUAGGCCAAGACACUUAAAUAGAGCGGGACGAGGUAUAGAGACAGAGAGAGAGAGAAAAAAUAAAAGCUUUCAAGCUGAGCUUUCCAGUUUUAUUCAAAGAAGAAACAAAUAUCCCCAAUCAUUUGACCUUUGCCCUAGUUUGCAAACGAAAGAAAAUAAAAUACAUAAACUCUAAACAAAUAAAUUAAAACGAGUCGACGUCACGUGCAAUUUUUGUGUAGAAUUUGAAAAAAAAAUAUAAACUAACAUAAAAA